CAUAGAGAGAUAGAAAAUGUUCCGGAAAUUCAGUUUUGUGUUACUUCUCACUUGCACCACCCUUUUCAGUGUGUUUCCUACCAAAGCCACUGAACUCAAAACCUACAUUGUUCACUUAAGUUCACCUGAAGACCAUCCCCGCAACAUUGAAGAAUGGUAUAACUCGUUUUUAUUGAAAGUAGCUUCGCGAUCAAACACGAUACCAGAGAUGGUUUACCCCUACCAUCAAGUGAUUACCGGAUUUGCUGCUAAAAUGUCAGCGGAUCAAGCAAAGGUGAUGGAGAGUUUAAGUGGAGUUUUAUCCGUAAGCGCUGAAAGUGUGUAUCAGUUACACACAACUCGUUCAUCUUACUUUUUGGGCUUGCGCCGAAACUCAGGUUUGUGGAAAGACUCAAACUACGGAAAGGGAACCAUAAUUGGGGUUAUAGACUCUGGAAUUACUCCCGGGCAUCCAUCGUUUAAGGACGAUGGUGUCCCUCCUCCACCGUUAACAUGGAAAGGUAAAUGUGAAGUGGCGGGGUGUAACAACAAACUGAUCGGAAUGAGAAGCUUUGUUAAGGGACAAACUCCGAUAGAUGAUGCAGGCCACGGGACACACACUUCGAGUACUGCUGCAGGGAAUUGGGUAGACAACGCAAGUGUAUUCCAAUUAGGGAAUGGCACUGCGUGCGGGAUGGCACCACUAGCACACAUAGCCAUGUAUAAAACAUGUGACAUAUCAGGUUGUUUUGGAAGUGACAUCUUAGCGGGCAUGGAUGCAGCUAUUACAGACGGUGUUAACGUGUUGUCAAUCUCGCUUGGUUCAUUUUCCAUGCCGUUUUAUAAAGAUAUUUUAGCUAUUGCCGCCUUCACUGCCACGCAGAAAGGGAUCUCCGUCAGUUGUUCAGCAGGUAAUGCUGGACCUUACAAUGCAACACUAUCAAAUGAGGCCACAUGGAUCCUUACGGUCGGGGCUAGUACAAUUGAUCGAAGGUUCAGGACGACAGUUCGUCUUGGAAACAACAAGUUAUUUCACGGUGAAUCGCUGUACCAACCGAAGAAUUACAGCCGUAAGCUUCGGCCUCUUGUUUACGGCGAAGGGUGUAGUAAGGAAUCACUGGACCGCAUUGAUGUGAAGGGGAAGGUGGUGUUGUGUGAUGUGGAUGGGCGGACUGGUAAUAUUGCAAAGGGAAUGGAAGUUAAGAAAGCUGGAGGAGCCGCCAUGAUUGUUGCUAAUGACAUUGUUACCGGUGAAAGUAUAGCGGCACAAGUUCAUGUUAUUCUCGCGUCAUAUAUUGGUUACAAAGAAGGGGUUGAGAUAAAGAAGUAUUUGAAUUCAACUUCUUCACCGACCGCAACCAUCCUUUGCCGUGGAACUGUGGUGGGCCUGAAAUCAGAUCCGGAGAUGGCUUCUUUCUCUUCGCGAGGGCCUAACCGUGCAAGUCCCGGAAUCCUAAAGCCAGACGUUACUGGACCCGGUGUGGACAUUCUAGCAGCAUGGAAUGUAAAGGUCGACAAACUAACACAAACCAACGCUACAUUUUUCGUGGUACGUGGCACAUCAAUGUCCUGUCCUCACCUCGCAGGCAUAAUGGCGUUGCUCAAAAGCGCGCAUCCAGAAUGGUCUCCUGCCGCAAUCAAGUCCGCAAUAAUGACCACCGCUAGUCAAGUAAAUCGAAACGGAUCAGCCAUUGUCGACGAAAGAGAUCUUCCUGCUAAUGUAUUCGCCAUCGGCUCUGGUCACGUAAACCCACCAAAAGCCAAUGAGCCAGGGCUUGUUUUUGAUAUCCAACCCGACGACUACAUUCCUUAUCUUUGUGGGUUAGGCUAUACGCCCAAUCAAAUUGAAACGAUCGUUAAAAAGAAAGUUAGUUGCUCAAAAACUAUAACGGAGGCCGAGCUGAACUAUCCGUCUUUCGUGGUAUCUCUAAAACCAGGUGAGAGCAAAACAUACUCAAGGACGGUGACUAAUGUUGGUUUGGCAGAGGCGGGUUACAGCGUCAGGGACAGUUCUAUACCACCGGGUGUAAGUAUUGAGGUUGGCAUUCGUGAUCGUCAGGAUGUCAUGAGUUUCACCGCGGUGCAGCAAAAGGGAACAUACGAGGUAAAAUUUACUCGGGAUAUUAAGGAUACGAAGAAAAGUCCAUAUGGACAAGGGCAUAUGACAUGGGUAUCUGAAACGGGUAAGUAUACCGUUAGAACCCCAUUUGUAUUCAAGUUUGAAUGAAGAUCCAGAUAUUGUGCCUGCAUCUUGUAUGACAGUAAACAUGUAUGCUUUUAUAUGUA